AUGUCAUAUUUAUUUAAAAAUUGGACAACUCGAGUUUCCCAUAUAUCAAAACAAAAAUAUAAUUUUCAUACAUAUAUAUUAACACCAAAAUUAAAUAAAAUUAGAGUGUCUGAAACCACUUUAUUUAAACCUACCUUAGAAGAUGGGAAAUAUAAAGUUUUACCUGCUAAACAAAUUCCACCACAUAUAAAAUCACCAAGCUAUGCUAAAACAGGAAUUGUGGAACCCUCUAAUAAUAUUUACGAAGUUAAAGAUGAAAAUUGUAUUAUUAAAAUGAAAAAGGCUGCAAAAAUAGCAGCAAAUUGUUUAAAAUUAUGUUUAGAAAGUUCAAAAGAAGGUAUAACAACAGAAGAAAUUGACAAUUUAGCAUUUGAUUUUUAUAUAAAAAACAAUGCUUAUCCCGCUGGAAUUAAUUUUCAUGGCUUUCCUAAAACAGUGUGUGCGUCACCAAACGAGGCUGUUUGUCAUGGGAUACCAAAUUUAAGGAAAUUAAAAAACAAGGAUAUAAUAACUUAUGAUUGUACAGUUUAUUUUGAUGGUGUAUUUGGUGAUUGUGCUGGAACUGUAGGAAUAGGUGAUAUUUCAGAAAAACACAAAAAAUUAAUUGAAGUGAGUAAAGAAUGUCUUUAUAAAGCUAUUUCAAUAUGUAGGGAUGGUCAGAAAUUUUCAGAAAUUGGAAGAGUAAUUACUGAACAUGCUCAUAAAAAUGGAUUUAAUGUAAUUAAAGAUUUUUGUGGUCAUUUUAUUGGAACAAAUAUGCAUAUGUACCCAUUAAUUGAACAUCAUUAUCCUAAUACCCAUGAAGAAAAUGAAUAUAUGAAAAAAGGUCAAAUAUUUACUAUAGAGCCUAUAUUAUCUGAAGGAAGUAUAAACAUCCAUACUUGGAAAGACCAAUGGACUGUUUGUACUAAUGAUAAUUCUUUUUGUUCACAAUGGGAACAUACUAUUUUAGUAACAGAAAAUUCUGCUGAAAUAUUAACUGAAUGUGAAUAG